AUCUAUCCCAGAGUGACCCAGAUCUGGUAUACUUAAGUUCUUGCCCUAGGAGUUUCCGGAUCCGUUGAAAACAGAAUUCUCUUACUCUGCUCUCCAGAGUGGCUUUCUGACCAUCUUUUUGAAAGAAAGAAAAUGCAACAGCGAGAAGAGAAGCAGCUGGAGGCCUCCAUAGACGCUCUCAUCAACCGAGUUGCACACCUAAAAAACUCGCUGCACAGUUUUAUUUUUAAGCUGGAGAACGAGUACGACAGACUGACAUGGCCCUCUGUGCUUGAUAACUUUGCCCUGUUAUCGGGUCAGCUUAGCACCAUCAAUAAGCUGAUGAGAAGUGAGAAGACUCCUGCCUUCCGGAACCAGGUCAUCAUCCCUUUGCUGCUGUCUCCAGACAGAGAUGAAGAGCUAGCCAAACUGACAGAGCAGCGUGUUCCUGUUUUCAGUCAUGAGAUCGUCCCAGAUCACCUGCGCACAAAGCCUGACCCCGAGGUGGAGGAGCAGGAGAAGCAGCUGAGUACCGAAGCAGCUCGUAUCGGACCGGAUGUGACACAGAAACAGAUCCAGACUCUUAAUAAAUUGUGUUCCAACCUCCUGGAAAAGCUGAAUAAUCCUCGUGAGGACCGUGAAGCUGAAAGCUCAGCUAUGCGCCAGAACAAGCCAACGUUUAAUCCUGCGGAUACAAAUGCGCUGGUGGCAGCGGUAGUGUGUGGCAAGGGGUUGUCAAAUCACAGACCUCAAGGACCGGGAGGGACAGUUCCGCCUGGAGGAGGUCCCAUGCUGUCUGGGGGCCCCAAUCUGCAGCAAGUCACCAUGCAAAGGUCUACCAACCAGCAAGCAGCCAUGGGUGGGCAGGGCCCCCCUCAACAGCCAGGGAAAAUGCCCAGCAGCAUAAAGACAAACAUCAAGUCAGCUUCUAUGCAUCCCUACCAGCGCUGAGCCCUCUCUGUGCAUCAGCUGAGUCGCUGUGCCUGCGUAAAGAAAGGAAAAGCACCUUGUGUAACUAUCUACAGAGCGCAGUUCUUUUAUUAGUAUAACCUUCUAUAGCAGGCAGUGAUCAGCUUAGCUCCGUCCCACAGUCCGGCUGUCAUGAGCCAUUUUAAACCAGACACUGAUUAUGAACUGCACACUUGUGUAAAUACAUUUUCCGUGCUCCUGCAAAUGCCCUAGCUGUGUGAAAAGCAGAUGAUCUCCUGUGGUCUAAAGAUGUGGAUUUAAAUAAAAUGAAUACCAUAUCAUUUUGUUUCUUUUAUUUUUUGCUGCACGAGAAUAAGUUGACGCCAGUAUCACAAAUAUAACGGUUUUAAUUAUUGUUUAAGAACUGCUAAUACAAGAAUGUUAAACCGUGUUAUAGAUGUACCGAAAGGCCAUAACCAAGUAAUAGAAUGACAGUUGUGAUUGUUGUUUUAAUUUUGCAUACUAUUACAGCAUACCUCUCAACACACAAGUUUAUGAAAUCUAUGAAAGAUUGUAAUUUCCUAAUCGUGCUUUUAUCAGUAUUUAAAAAGCCCUGAAAUUAAAUGCAUAAGGUACAAAAGGCUGGAAAGUUGCCCUCUUGUGGUGGAAAUAAAGUACUAUAGUUUUAGACCCUGAUAUAAGCAAUUGUCCCCCUCCUGUGGUCAAACCUGAUAUUGCAUCACUUCAUUUUAACAAGAAAUGAUUCAGGUUUAGGUUUCACAAUAUAUUCAGUUGACCAAGCUUUGUGUCGUUUUGAGUAACAGUAUCACUUUUUAUUCAACUGAUUUCUUCC